AUGAAGCAAAAUCAGUUCGUGUCCUCCUCGGCAAGGAAAGCUCGUAAGGCCCAUUUCAAUGCUCCUUCACAUAUUAGGAGGAAGUUGAUGAGUGCUCCGUUAACCAAAGAUUUACGUAAUAAGCAUGGAAUCCGUUCUAUACCGAUCAGGAUAGAUGAUGAGGUCACUGUUACUCGAGGACAUUAUAAAGGAAACGCUGGACGCGUAAUGCGUGUUUACCGUAAGAAAUUUGUUAUCCAUAUUGAUAAAAUUACUCGUGAAAAAGCAAAUGGUUCUACGGUGCACAUUGGAAUCCAUCCAUCAAAGGUAGCACUGACAAAACUAAAGAUGGAUAAGGAUCGGCGAGCGAUGAUUGAAAGAAAAGCUGCCGGUCGAGCUCGUAUAACAGGACUAUUGAAGGUCGAUGUAUUAUCAGAUAUGGGUGAUGUUGUAGUGCAUGCUGAAACAAAUGACGAGAAGCAUUUCAAAAUCUUUCAAAAUGCUCACUUUCUCAUUCUUGGAG